AUGUAAAAAAUUUCUAUAUUAAUAACUAUCUUAUUUUUAUCUUGCAUUGCUUGCUAAAAAUCACCUCAAUAUCUCUCUAUCGAAGUAGAUAAGUCUGAUGUCAAUCCAUAGCUAUCUGAUUUCUUAAAGCAGUCAUUCUAGUAAUUACUCCUAAAAUACCCUACAGACCAAUAAGUAAUUACAAAAGAUUUAAACAGCUUAUCAAAAUCUAAGCCUUAAGCUCCAUGGAAAAAUCCAAGUUCUAUUCAUACUACUGUUUUGUACAUCGGAUCAGAUAAAAGCAAAUUAGACACUGACUACUAUAAGCAAUUCAAGGUAGGCAAGUAAGUUUAGUUAGAAUCUACUACUUUUAUUUAUGUUCCAGGUAAAAUAAUAUGUUCUCCUGUAUUCCCUUAGGACAUUCUUAUUGAAAAUACAUGUCCUCAUAUGACAUUAAUGGUUGCUAAUUGGAAACCUGUUUAGUGUAAUUCUGUCUUGGAAGCAAUCUUUACUUAAAAUGGAGCUUUAAAGUCUGAAUAUGAAAACAAAUUCUUCUAGGAGCCCAGCAAUGUUAUGCUAAAUAAACUAAAUAAAGUUGAAAUUGAUGGAGAAAGUGUUGAUGUCUACAUAGUCAAAGCUAACAAGAGUAACCAAAAAUACUUAAAUUAUGAAGGUGAAACCAAAUAUAUAUACUGA